GGAGGAGUAGUAUAUUUGGAUUGGGCGAACCGAUGUCCCAACGUUCUUGUCGGGAACAAAAGAGCUGGCUUGGGCUUGGCGUGGUUCCAUCCAUGGCAGACUACGAAACCAGCACCAGCCACAACCACCACUCGAAAGAAACAGCCUUCCAGGCCCUGAACACCAUAAUCCAGCUCCACUUCGAGAAAACCCUGGAGAAGAAGCGCGCCAUCGACCUCCAGAAGAAGGAGCUUCACAAGCUCUUCCAGAUAUUCUUCAUCUUCUUGGGCCUCGUCUUCCUGGCCCAGGCCCAGUCCCCUCGCCUCCAAUGCCGCCACUGCUGGAUCCCCAUCACUCUCCUCUCCAUGGCCCACCUCAUCUUCUACGUCUCCGUCGCCCAAACCCUAAGGUGCAUCAACGCCUUCAAGUACCAGCGCCGCUGCCACAAGCUUACUCUUGGUUUGGCCACCGAGAAGCUCAGGGAGAUCAAGACCAGACUCGCCGGCGCCGCCACCAACGGCGCCGACUACGACUCGGUGGUUGCUGACGAGGAGUUCGAGAUUCACUACCAGGAACCCCCUGAGAGCUACUUUGGAAAGUUUAAGAGGAAUUGGGCUCUGCAUUUUAGCUUCUUGAUCUUGAUCUACGCUUUUAUGAUCUCUUCCUCUGUCGUUCUUCUUUGCUUUUGAUUUGUAAUUUCAUGCAAAAUGAGAUGAGACUCACACUUUUAUAUACUCUAUUUUAAUUCAAAACUUUCAUCUCAUUUCACUUUCUUUCUGUUUUUUUCCACUCUACUGAAUUCUAGUGUUAGUUCUGAAAUCAAAAUCCAAUCUCUUAUCA